AACAUGGCCGAAACCCAAUCCAUCAAAGCCCGCAUCGCUUCCCUCAAUAUCGAGCAAGUACAUGCGCCAGCGCCUUCCAAUCGCCCGACAUAUAGCUACGAGCAAGCAUCGGCCAAGAAGAAGCCUCCACCACCACCACCACCGCCCGCCGGCCAUCGACCGCCAGUCCAACAGCGACACCAGACCAUCAACAAUCCCCCCAUUACGAGCAAUGCUCCCUACGCCGCGAGGCAUCAGCCGAAUCUACCUGCUCCCGAGGCCAAUAGCCCCGUCCCUAAGAAAUCGCCUGCACUACCCCCUCGACUGCCUCCCCGCAAAGACACAAAUGGCGCAAAGCAGCCCCCACCUCUUCCGUCUCGUCAGCCAUCACAACCGGCCUUGAGGAGGCAGGAAUCGAACGAGUCCAUCGCGACAAUGGCCUCGGGGAAUUCGGACGUAUCGAAUCUUACUCUGGGAUCUGCUGUGCUGGAUAGAACCACGUCAAAUGAUGGCAAGCGCUUUCAGAUCCGGGCCCCACCAUUCGACCCUACCAAGCUGCCUCCUCUGCCGGCUCGGAAACAGGAUGAAUCAAAGGAGUACAGUGCGACUCGAAGAGCCAUGACCUCGACACGGACAAGCAAAUCGCCUGUAGCUCUACCUCCCACUCUGCCUUCCCGCCCAGCAGUGCCAGCGCGAGCGCAGACGAUAGCCCAGGAGCCACGAAAACUGCCACCUGCGCCCCGAAAGUCUGCGCUGGAAUGGGGCAUGAACAAGUCGACCGAGACUCCACCUCCCAUCCCUACAGCUCGGCCGAGCCCUACUCCAGAUGCGGGGAAUGGAGCGCCUCCCCCGGUUCCACGCUCCUCGCGACCCAAUCUGGAUGCCAUCAUGGCCUCGAAGCCCAAGCCUGGCGCUCAGCCUCUGGUGUCGGCGCAGAACAGCGGUUGCUUGAUCUGUCGCGAUUUCUCUGCCCCAGAUCAACACGCUGCACAGUUUCCUCGACAAACAUUGCCAUCUUCCGAUGCAGGAUGGUUGGCAAAUCAGCUGUGUGCGCCCUUCUCAUCACAUACUGACAAGGCUCGAGCCAUCUUCACCUGGCUGCAUCACAACGUGGACUAUGACUGUCACUCAUUUUUCAGUGGUAAUAUCACGAGAUCCACCCCUGAGCGUACGAUCAAAACCGGUCUGGCUGUGUGUGAAGGCUACGCGGGUCUUUUUGCCGCUCUGGCACUCAAAGCGGGUCUAGAAGCCAUCGUAGUCACGGGACACGGCAAGGGAAUCGGACACACAGCUAUCCAACCCGGCGAACCCCUCCCAAAAUACAAAGGCAACCACGCCUGGAAUGCCUUCCGCCUCGACGACGGAGCAUGGAAGCUCAUCGACCCCUGCUGGGGCGCCGGUCACCUAGGCUGCGACAAGACCUACGAACGCAAAUUCAACCCGUCCAACUUCACAAAAUCCAACAUUGACUUCGGAUACACGCACUUCCCCGAAGACAACGCACACCUCUACCGCGAAGACGGGCGCAUCUCCACCUGGGAAGAGUACUGCAUGGACGACGCGGGCCAGCGUCUCCAAAUCUACGGAUCUCCCUCCGCCGAACUAGGCAUCUCAACCCGCUCCUUCGCCCCAUCGCAAAUGCACAUCAAAGUCGACGGCCCCCACGAUCCCAUCAUCCGCUUCUCGUUCGCGGUCAACUGCGCGCACUGGGACCACGAACGCAACGGCACUGGGAAGCCCUACAUCAUGACCCUCAGCGUCGGCGGCCGCGAUGGUCGCAAUUCUCAGCAGAUUCCGUUUAAUACCGACGGCAAGGUUUGGUGGCUUGAUGUCGAGCGUAGAGAUCUUGGUGCUCCGGGGCAGAAGAUUAACGUUUGCUAUAUCACCCACUUUGAUAAGGGGACUGGGAGAGGAUUGAGCCUUUCGACGUAUAAAGCGAGGAAGGGGAAAGUGGCGCAGCAGUGGAGUACGAUUUGUAUGUGGGAGCUUGUGUGA